AUGUUUCAUUUCUCAAUUAAACAUAUUUUUAAAUUCACUCGAACUCCAUCAAGAUUUCUUGUGACACACUCUGUUCGAGCAGUACAUAAGCAAAAUAAUAUACUGCAUGGUAAACCAAUAGCUGAACGUAUUUUAAACAGAUGUAAACAUGAAUGUGAACAAUUCAAUGAACAAUAUCACCGUCGUCCAAAACUAGUCGCUAUUCUUGUUGGUGGCAAUGAAUCUAGUAAACUUUACAUACGAAAUAAACAACGCAUCGCCGAACACGUCGGCAUUGAAUUUCAAGCUAUUAAUCAUUUAAUGCAUAUAGCACCGUCAAAUUUAAUUGAUACAAUCAAUCGAUUGAAUAAUGAUGAUACUGUUGAUGGAAUUAUUCUUCAGUUACCAUUACCAUUACAUCUUGUUGAUAGAACCGAAGAAUUUAUUGACACUAUUCGAUCAAAUAAAGAUGUUGAUGGUCAUACCACAUCAAAUUAUAAUUCAUAUCGACAAACAUCAAUACCACCGAUAACGAUACCGGUCGUAGCUGCAGUUAGAGAAAUUUUACUGGAAAUAAAUGAACCAUUGCAAGGAAAAGAUGUUGUUGUUAUUGGACGUUCAAAAUAUGUUGGUACACCAUUGGCACUUAUGCUUAGUCAAGCGACGACGGAUUCGAAAAGUAGUUUAAUAAGUGGAGCGACCGUAACGAUUUGUCAUCGUGAUACGCAUCUAAAUAAUUUAACAUGGCAUUGUAAAAAUGCAGAUCUUGUUAUAUCAGCAGUUGGUCGUGCAAAGCUGGUACAACAUUGUAUGAUUAAAGAAGGUGCUGUUGUUAUUGAUGUGGGUAUAUCAAAGAGUUGGACUGAUAAAGCUGUCGCGAAUAAAAAAUGUUUUGUUGGUGAUGUUGAUUUUGAUGAAGUAAAACGUGUUGCUCGAUGGAUAACUCCAGUUCCCGGUGGUGUCGGUCCAAUCACGGUGGCAUGUCUAGUAUCGAAUCUACUUGAAUUAGCUCGACAGCGACAAAAAAACAAAUAG